AUGGACGAAAAUGUGGGACGGAGAGACGAGAAACCUCAAUCUUGUACCCAGAUCUCAUUCAGUCACACACUGAAAAGUGAGAUCUCCCUUUCCCUUGACCGUGAGGGAUAUGGGUACGAGAUAAGAGAAACCCUGGGAACGAGUUUGGAUGCAAUUGAGCAUGAUUUUUAUCAGGUAAUUCCAAGGAAACUUACCCAAGCCUCGUGGAGAGAUCAGACUCUUCAUAAACAGUUGUUUCUCCUAUAAGGUACGUGUAAAUUGGUUUAAAAACGUAUUUGAUACACAUUUGUUUUUCGACUGCCAUCAAAAAACCAGGGCGUACCAACACCAUCAAAAUAUAUCCCAGAAAAUCAAUAUUUUGAGGGCCAAAGAUUCAUGUUGUCGCUUUGCCGGCAUAAAUAAGCGCACUCAAUGGGUUUUCAAUGAUACAGAAAUAGAGAAUACUUCAUCAAGAGGAAAGUGCCCUAAAAAAAUGAUUUGCGCACGACUGGUUGUGUGUAAAAAAUCGAACGAGCGAGAUUCCUGAUACAGAAAAAAAUGUGAUAAAGCCAUUCAAAAUAUGAAUAGCUGUAUUUUGAGAAAUAUGUAGACAUAGCUUACGAAAGCGAUCAAAUGGUUUGCACUCUAUUUCAGUUUAUGUUACAUUCCUGUGGGUAACUCUCUUUCACUUUGCUUUAUAAAGAGAUCAUUUUCUGGAAUGGUGUCACGCUGCAUCAAGUGCGAUUGGUCUCAGAGGGUUCGCGGUUAAAUCAAAAUAUAUAUGACGCUUUCUACUUUCUUGUAGUAAGUGAGUACAAUUUAGCGUUGGUGUCUGUCAAAAUCCUCUUACUACGGAAUUCGUUUUGGGAAAAUAUUUCGCAGCCAAACGGUUCUAAGUCCUUUGUAGAUUCUAUAGUCACAUCUUAAUUCAGUUGCUCCAAACAAACGUAAAAGUGGUUAGAAACGUGUGGUUUUCAGUUCUGUUUUCAUUCCCUUGCCAUAUCUUAUUUUUAGAAUACUCAAACCGGACAAGCCUCGAGUAUUAUGGCGGUAGGUGGAAUAUAAAAUGUUCUCUGAGCCUUCCAUCCUUACGUCUAUUAAAACAAUUAAAUUGUUUGCACUUUUUUCAAUAAUUUCUUUCUCUUUAACCCAAAUCAUAUCAAGCUUUGUUUGCUUCCUGCGACCGGCGUGAGGCUUCAAAACCGCUUACGAUAUCUUGUUCAACAGUAAAGCAUAACUUGUUUAGCACAAAAACGUAUUUGACGGCGCUUUUUGACGUUGUCUUGUAAGGAUGCAAAACUGAGCAGUUUUUCAUCUGAUUUCCCAACACUCAUUAAACAUUAAUUUUCUUCUUAUUUUCUUUAUGAAUUAUUAACGAUUCUGAGAAAGAUAUGUAACUAACUCUUUCAUUUCAGUUUUUAUUAUGCAGGACCAAAUAUCAUUUUUUUUCGUUAUUUUUAUACGUUUAAGUUGGUUGAAGACUUGCUAAGAGGAUUCUCUAAGGAAAAUUUUGGUGAUCGAGAUGGAAACUAUUUUCCUAUUGUCCAUGGCCGUACCCAAGAUGUAAAGUUGUUUAGGGUUGGCGUACGGUAUUUACGUACGAGUUGUUGACGUAUCAGAAAUCGAACAAGUGAGCGCAGCGAGCGAGUAAGAUUUCUGAUACAAAAACAACGAGUGUGUUAAUACCGUACAAAGCACUUUGCGUGUGGUAUUGUGUUUGUUAUAUACAUACUGAGGCAUUCAUCAUUUUGGCGGCCUUUUUAUUUUAAAUCUUUUAAAAAUGCUAAAAUUUGCCGCUACACACUUACCGCAAAAUGACAACGAAAACAAAGUAUCAGCUUUUUAGUAAAAACGUUUGUUAAAAACAUAAAUGACGGUAAGGAUAUGAGGUAAUCCAACAACUAUAAGUAAUCUUAACUGUUUGUUCUCAAUGCACAAUGGAAAAUGAGUGAAUUUAAGUAAAAUGGCCGGUUUCAAUAUAAGCUUAAGCUUAAAUGAAAGGUAAAGCAGCUCCGACAAAAAGCGCAACAAAAGCUUACGUCUCGUUCUGUUUUUCCCUUUCAGCUGUUGUUUCGCCGGCUCUCUACCGUUUUCUUUAUGACAGUGAAACAAACGAAACUAUUCCACUCCAUUUCCGAAAUGUUUUUCACUUUUUUAGCGAGAGAAACUCUUUGAGUAAAACUUUUCUCGUUGAAUCUGUGCGAAGUGGCGCUGCAAGCUGCAAUAAAAGGCGGGAAUUUUGGCGCGAAACUCACAAACCUCUGUGGCUUCUGAUUUGACGUAUCAUUUUUUUCACGUGUGAAAACCAUCGUUCGCUCCUCUGAUUGGCUAGAACUAAUUUGCGUACGAAAAUUUACGACGUAGCUUUUUGGUGAGUAUUUCUCAGUAUGUAUAUAAUAAAGUAUUUUACGGCGCAUUUUGACGUUGUCUUGUAGGGAGUUUAAGCAAAGACGACAGCGACGGCAACGAGGAUGGCAACACAUCAAUAGGUUUAGAUUAGUAAAACUAUAACUUUGCAUGUGCAUCACGCUUUUUUGUACAUUUUUUAGCCGUCGUUGCACGACUACAACGUGACAGUGCCUGAUUUCACGUUUUGUCGAGGACCGAAACACAAGACAACUCUCCUUUUCUUUUUCUCAGAACUUUGAUACAGUCCUUUAGAAUUCAAUUCCAAAAAAUUUGCCAACCUUUGGAGAAUUAAACGAGAAGGAAAACAAAGCAGCGCGAAUUCACUUUUUAAGUGACGUUUUUGUAGUCGUCGCCGUCGUUGUUGCUUAAGCUCCCUAAAUUCCUCUCAGCCAUGCAUAUAGCCAUAAAAGACGGUUGUGUGAUAAAAUCAAGAAGUUGGCUAGCAUAUUAAUAAACUUUAACAAUAGCAGUGAACCAUGAUGACGCCAAUUAUCGUUUAAAAAGGUACUGGAUCCGACAUCCUGGAACCGCCAUGUUGAAUUGAUUAAAUGUAUUCCAUUUUACUCAAAACCCGUCUAUUUAAAUGAAGGUAAUCAUGAUAGAUCUGUGCAUAAAAGGAUGCUUACAAGGAAGCAUAAAAAAAAAUUCAAAUUUUGAAAUUCCAAGAAAAUUGAACACUGCUGAAAAAUGAACCAAGCAUCUGCCAUUUAGUUAUGUUACAGUCAUGUUUUUUUCUCUCAAAUUAGUCAUUAAAAUACCUGGAUUACAUCAACAGUUGUAUCAAAUUUGAUGGGAUAAUGCUAAAUAAAGUGUAAUAUAAUACUUCAAAAAGUAAAAAUUAAAAUUAAACCUUUUAUGAAAUAGCAGAUUUUGAAAAACAAAACUUGGUUGCCAUUGAAACGUUAAAAUUGACGUUCACGUCACGACGACUUUAAAAUGUUCCCAGACAGGUUUUAGGAAAAGUCGCUAAGCUAGCUUGGUCAUAGCUUGAACGUCCGGGUGGCCAUGCGAUUUCCCGCCAAAUAACCUCGAGUUGUUUGUGUUAAUUGAACUAUUUUACAUUGUUAUGCUUGCGGUGCUGACGGACGGUCGGACGGGCGUAUGGUCACGUGAUUACCAAAAUUUCUCGGAUGGAUGGAUUACCAAAUUUUCUUAGGUAUGGGCUCCGCUAAGAUCACCCCAUAGUUAACUUGUCGGCUUUUAAGUAAUUUGGUGCGGUUACAGUUAUCAUGUCUCAUUUAAGCAAAUUUUGUCGUGAUGUUAAGGCAUUCCUCUUAAAUGCGCUCAAAUACACCCAACGCACAUGCGUUGUAGAUAAAAUCUGUUCUCAGGUUAAGCCAGAAUUCCCUCGGGUGUCUGUAAAACCCAGAACAGGUCCGGAGCACCCUCAGAACACCCUGCAAUAGCCCGGAACAGCCCCCUGAACGAAAAAAAAUGAUCGCCUGUCGGCCUCAUGUUUGUUAGUCAGAUGACUAUUUCGAGUUACCGACGGAAAAGAAGGACUCUUUACCUUUUCUUUGAAGGGUGAAGAAGAAACUCAAACCUCUGCAUCAAUUGCGGUCGGCUGCUUCUUGACGUAAUAUAUCAAGCAUGGGAUGUAGUGUUUCAUCACCAGAUGAAACACUGAAAAGAGAGUUGAUAAUAAGACGCGCAUUUCGAGGUGUUUCAUCUGGUGAUCAAACACUGUGUCGAAUGCUUGAUAUUACUUCUCAAACAAAAUGAUUUUAGAGGGAGAAAUUAAGAAUGCAAAACUGAGCAGUUUUUCAUCUGAUUUCCAAACACUCAUUAAACAUUAAUUUUCUUUGUAUUUCCUUUAUGAAAUAUUAAUGAAUUUGAGAAAGACAUUUAUCUAACUCUUUCAUUUCAGUUUUUAUCUUACAGGGCAAAGUAUCAUUUUAAUUUUUUCUUUUUUUAAAUAUUUAAGUUGGUUGACGACUUGCUACGAGGAUUCUCUAAGGAAAAUUUUGGUGAUCGAGAUGGAAACUAUUUUCCUGUUGUCCAUGGCCGUACCCAAGAUGUAAAGUUGUUUACCCUGAUGAUAAGGCAACCUCGGUCCUUCCUGGCACGUCCAUUUAAGCACCAUAAGUACACAAUUCUUGCAGGAAUGAAAAAGUAUGUAGUUGAGAACGAGAAUGAAGAGUUUGAAGACUUGAAGAACAAAUUUGUUAAGAUAGAAGAUCCUGGAAUAACACUAGAAGAGGAGGAUGGUACAGGAGCUGCAAGGUAAAUUACAUCACUGUUACAUAACGCUGAAGAAUUUGUAUAGGUAAUAGCAUGAUUUGUAGUAAUAUUUGGCCUAAAUACCACGAGUGAUAUUUCAAAAUUGUUAUGCGUGAAGUUUGAGACAAUUUUGAAAUAUCACGAGUGGUAUUUAUGCCAAAUAUCACGUACAAAUCAUGCGAUUACUUGUUUAUACUACUACCCACAACAGGUUUUGUAAGGGCCUGUUUACAUGGAGGUGGAGGACCCCAGGUAGGUGAGGUAACCCGCUUAGGUGUGGUAACCCGCGUGUCCAUAUAUAAUCUCUCAUUUUAAUUUGAUCACGUUCACAUGAUAGGUGGGGUGACCCGCCAUUUGUUACCUCACCUUCCUGGGCCCCACCUCCAUGUAAACAGGCCCUAAUCUUCACAUGUAGGUAUUUCGAAUUAAGCUGAAAUACCACUGCUCUAAGCCAAUCAAAUUACAGAAAUUUCUCAUGUAGUAGUAUGAAUAAAAGUAAUAGCACGAUUUUCCAGUUACAGUUUUGUAUCAAUCAUUCAUCACAAGAAAUAUAAACUGGACAGAGAGGGAAUAUUGAGGCGUUGGCCAGGUUAUGUGAAAUUCACUCAAGUUAUUUCUAGGGGUUGUAAUUAAAAGGAAGUGUAAUUCCUGAGACGUCCGCACAUUUUAAUCGAUGGCUUGAAACGUCCUUCAGUGCCCCCCCAAAAAACAAUACCUAAUAUUUUAAUGGCGACUUCUGAAUUCUCUCUUGAUAACACUGAAUAAACGUUUGAGGUUCUCGCCAGUAAACCAACUUUCGAUUAGUUUGGUCUCAAAAUAUUUCUUUGUGUGAAAUUUACAAAUCCUAGGGGCUACACUGGGCCUUUUUCCCUGUCUGUCCCAUUAUUGUUUUUGCUGUCUUUUUUAUAACGAUUUUCUAUCAGGACAACGCCCUCAAUGGCUUUCAAAAUGUCAAACAUGGCAGUGAAAAAAGCAAUGGAACACAGAAGACGAUUUCUCAAAGUCUACUCAUUAAAAUUUUGUGACAUUUGGCAGAAAUUUUACUUUUAUCGUAUUUUAAAUAAUGAGAACUUUAAAAUGGAAGUUGAACAGACGAAUUUUGUGACACAUUUAGUAAUUACAGUACAAUUAUAUUAUUGAUUAUGUAAAAACCCGUCUGUUAAAAUUUCGUCUAAUAAAUUCCAAAUGGUAAUGAUUAAUUAUAGUAAGCUGUGUGCAAGUUUAUAGGUAAACCUAAUGAGCGAAUUUUAUGUAAACUGAGCAAAAGUGAAGGUUGUAUUCAGUCGUUCAUGAUGCCAUGGAAACUACAAAAACGUCACAUUUUACCUGUCGAUGAAAAUCUUUCGUCAGUAUAUUUUUCAGUUUCAGCUUGUGAGCUGCAACCUUUCUCUUGCCAUGAUUUGGCAAAAAACAUAUACUCACAAACUGCCACAACUGUGCUCAGCCACCUUUAAUCAAACAAUAAACUAGUAAUCCACAAAUCCGUUAACUUAAGGGCACAUUCAUGUGACUUAUGAGGGAAAGGCUAAGUAUUUUACAGUGAAACAUCUUACAUCGAGUUGAUAGCCUUACAUGUACACCCAAAAACCGCAAUCAUCUUCGAUCACAUUCAGGAACCAUAAUGGCUCUUGAUCACAGUAGAUUAGGCCUGGAAAACAAAUCGGGCCGAAUUUUUUGCUUUCGACAAAUUUACUUUACAAAAUCUUGCCAACAAAUUUGGGGGUGUGUGAACCAACUAUUUAUACUUUUUAUACGUCACAUCUGAGAUGAAACAGUACUUUUUAUUAUACAGACCACGGACAGAAUGCAGUAUUUCACAAUUUUUCAAGACAAAUUGCACUUAGUCAAUAUUCAGACUGUUCAGCAAAUUUCCAAAAUCACCUAUACGGCCAGCCGGUUGUCACUUUUGACGAACGCCAAAUUUACAGUGAACAUUAAUAGAGUUACGCUUCAAUAUAAUAGAGAAUUAAAUUAUGUUUUUUUUACUAUUUAAUGGUUUUAUAAUGAUGUGUAAUCUUAAAAAGCGUUUGAUACGCGCGGCAUUUUGAGUACUCCUGCAAGCGAUGUUCAUGAACGACUGAAAACAAACGGCACAGCGAUUAAAAUUGCAAGAGAGACUACUAACAAUCAAUAAAAGAAAUAUAAGUCGGUGAAACAUUUAACGAGACAACAAUUUUCAUGAAUAACAGAAGACUCUUCACAACAGCUGUAUUUCAUUUUAUACAUCCAGUGGAAAAAGACAGUUAAAAACAUCACAAGUUGACACAAAACUCUGACAGCUUUAGCUGUCAAAGUAAACAAGUUUGAAGAUGCUGCAAAAAUUUUCCGCAUGAACUCACCUGUCAAAUUUUUACCAAUCAGAGCAUAAAAAUUAAACGUAGAGCGUGACCAACGCGUGACCUUGGUAUGAAAAGGUCUUCCCCGCCUGUAUUUCUAAAUAACUGGCUGAAUUUUGGUGUCCGAGGUUAGUUUAAAAUCAGAAUCUUAAUAGUGCGGGAACGUAGUGACAUGAACACAACAUAUAUCAUAUGAAUUUUUAAAAAAUAAACUUAGGCCUGUGAUCAUUUGAAAACUAGUAACUUGUCAGCGAAUAACUUCAAAAAAGUACUCGACCUCGAUGGGUUGACACCUGUGCCCGCAAUACGGUCAGGUGAUACGGAUCAGCGGAUACCUUGUUUUGACAGCUGUCAAUUGAUCCAUGGACAUUAUCCAUGAUUGAUCACAACAUUGAUGUGCAAUCAGUUUUCUCCUGGGUUCCCAAAGUAGUUAGAAAGUGUGAAAGUAAACAUUGGUUUUCCUGUGUUGCGGACGGACGGACGGCGGUUGGUCGGUCGGUCGGUGUACGGUCACGUGAUUACCAAAUUUUCUGGGAUGGGUAGAUUUACAUAGGUAUGGGGCUCCGCCCACGCGCGCGCUCGGUGAGAUCUAAAAAGAACGUAACUGCACUAAUUACUACGGCUAGUAGAUUUGGGAAGGUUUAUUUUUAUUAUUCAUUGCUAUUUUUUACUUUAAAUUAUGCUUAAUUCUUUAUAAUUAUCAUAAGAAAGAGUUCCACGUAAACGUGUCAAAAAAUUCCCUGUACUUAGGCAGUUUCAGAAUUGGCGUCUAAAUGUGAUCACUUUGUGUUUCUAAUUCAGAAUGGUAGAAAUGGAAACCCAGGCUGCUGACUGCGUCAAUGCAGGGAUUAGAAUGAAAAAAGAUCUGGGAUUCUUACACCUAGGGAAAAUUGAUCAGGAGUACAUACAGGACCCGGACUUACGUGAAAUAUUGGAAAAAACAGUCCUGGAUAGUAAUAAAACAAGAGUGUUUGAAGACCAAGAACUGCGUUUGAUAACCUCAGUAAUUUACAGCCAAUGCUUUGCAGUUAAAGGCAAUAGAAAGAAAGAGGUAUUUUAAUUUCUGAUAACUACCUAACAGUAUAUGGACGUUGGUCCAGCCGGUUUAACUUUGUGAUGUAAUUUUCGGGAAGAAAAUAAGGUUACAAUACAAACGAAACUUUCCCAGUGUUUAUUGAUCUGUGUACCUUGUUAAGCUCGAUUCGAGGGUUUCCUGAUGCUAGCGAAGGCUGGAAAAUCAAGUUAACGCGAACGUUGUGUUCUGCUGUUUGUGUCUUUUUUUAUGGUGCCUUAAAUUACUUGGAUAUAUUUUGAAUUCACGCAUAUGCGAUUAAGUGUGUUAAGAAAGCUAAUUUUUGGUGUGCACGGCGUAAAAGAACUGUUCUUUCGACUUGCAAAAAGAUUUGGUCGACAGGUUGAAAUUUAAAACGAAAGUUGUAGAUAAUAUUCCAAAGUAAGUUUUGCGUAGUAGGUCCUUGGUCUGGUCACCGGACGAUAACAUAAACCAGCCAAAUAGUGAUUGAAUAGGGAAAGCCUCAGAAAGUUCAAUUUUCGUUUCGUUUAGUUCUUAUUAAAUUAGGAUUCAAGAACUGAAGUGAGGAUCUUUCGACUUUGAGUCACAUUUUAAGUAAAGCACUAUCAGUGAGUGUUAAAUGUAUUGCUCGAGACUUUCCCAGUAGCACUGUACUUUAUUUAUUACGUAAUGAUGUAGAAGGCCAUAAAAAGGAAGCUUAUAAUCCGUCCGAUCGGUUUCAUUAGGGAGCUUUAACAAAGUCAAAAAAUUCAAGCAGUGGGUAGUUUUAGGUUUUUAAUACUGAAGCAGAACAUUACUCUGCACGGACUGCACGUUCAUGAUGACGCACGCUUUUCGGUCGGAUUUCUUUGAUGUUGCUGGACGACUAAAGGUGAUGUUACACGAGAUGAUUCGCAACGACGAUUUUUAGCGCAACACAGCGUUGCAACAUUGUUGCGACAUUGUUUCGAAUAGUUACAAUAUUGUUCCAACAUUGUAACGCUGUGUUGCGCUAAGAAUCGUCUGUGCCAAUCGUCCCUUGUAACAUCACCUUAAGACAUAGAAUUUCCCGUGCCUAGUUCCUCGAAAGAUGAUUAAGUUUAACCCAGGAUCAAGCCAAAUUGUAAGCAAGGUUUUGUAGUCUAAGAACGUGUAAUUCGAGCUUACAAAAUACUGUUGUGCCUUUACUUGAAAAAAAAAAAAAAAAAGAAAUGAUGACACAAAAUGCUACAAUAGGUAAUGUAUAGGAAGGUAAAUACAAAAAAUGGAACAAAAUUUUAAUCCUGGAUUAGCGCUAAUCGGCCUUUCAGGAACCGCGCCCUGAUAGGAAGUUUUUUCGGGGGUCGCAAACAAAGCGACGAAAAUUUUUUUUCCUCUCUAAACUUAGAUUGAAUUCAUUUAAUAUAGUGGCGAUUUCGCUUCCGUCGCAUCGUUACUGCACGGCACACAUUCGCACAGAAGUGAGUAAUUCUUCAUGAGACCAAACUAUAGCUCUUUACACAGAAAUCUCAUUUUGGUUUCGAAGUUAAAAUGAUGUCUACAGAAAAUAUACAGGAAUUUAGAUCAGUUGGUGCUUGGAACCUUUAAUUCUUUUUGCGCACUUUUGAUGCCGGCCUACAAAGUGCCCAAAGUGGCCGGACGAAGGAACCACUGGCCGAACCAGGAGCUUUCAAACGGAGCGGUCAUUUUCUAUGACGCAGCAUUUUCGGAAAAGUUCAGAAGCUGUCGGUUUGUCACAGGUUAGUAAAAUGUAAAGGCAACUUACAGGACAAAUUUGAGCUCAAUACUCCUCUUCUAAGAUAAGAGAUACUCAUUUACGUCCUUUUCGUCCGGACCAAGGACAACAUAUUGUAUUCCUUUAAUAUUCAAAGUAACAAAUAAAAGCAUAAAAAGGAUAUUGCUAAGCAUCUAUAGCAACCAAAUGAAUCGUAAGAUCUACUUUAAAGCAAUGUAAAGGCUAUUGAUAAAAUAAUUGUUCAGUUAAUCCUAGCUAAUCGUGUUAUCUUCGAAGGUGGAAGUGGACGGAGGAUUCAACCUUUCGACCAUCUUUGCUCAGUUGAAGGGAACCAUCAGGAUGACAGAUAUUCCUCCAAAUAUAGCACCAAGAAAGAAUAAUCGAGGACCAUUCCUGUUCCAGUGUUGCCGUGUUGUCUUUAACAAAGAGACAAACCGAUUGGAACUCCCCAAGGGAGAGAUUGUUGGUAAAACUGUGAGAUGUAAAGAAGAAGAGAAGGAGGACGAGUACGAAAACACCGCAGUCAGCUUGGUGGAGGACGAGGAGAGUAAUUUGACUGGUUAGAUCAAAAUAUAAUUCUGGGUCUCUAACGUUCUUUCACAUUCGCAAAAAAACUGUAGUGAUUGCAAUUAUCAUUGGGUGCUUCCAAUGUCUUGCUGGAGGUGAAAAUGGCGAUAUCAGUUUUUUUCCGGAAGAGAAUUUUAAUAGCUGUAUUAAGCUGAUGUUUAGUUGUUCUUUACAUAAUAUUGAAUAACAAUGUUAAUAUUAAUAAAGGCGAUAAACUAGCAUAUUAUUGUGAUUAGCCAAGCCUAAAAGCGGAGCUUCCUUUACAUACUUACAAGUACAAGUAGGUCAGAAGAUAACAGAAUACACUGUAGUUAUGAGGCCAGUUACUACAAAUAUAAUUUGUCCCACUAGUGCCUUUCGAAAGAUUCAGUGUUAUUUUGCCAACAACGGAAAGUCACUCUUUAAUAAAUAUACACUCAAUAUUUUCUAUAUUCUAGAUUUUUUGACAACUGACGAUAUUGCGAAACUGGAGGAGAUAAAGGAUUCAGUGUUGAAACCUACCAAGAACAGAGAGAAGCGUAAAGAACGGGUCAAAAAGUACCUGAAGUGGGUAAGAACAAUUACAGCAAAUAAUCAGUCACGUUCAAAUCAAUUUUCUUAAACCUCGAACCAAAUGAUUUUUUGGCGAAUUUUUUCAAAAUGUUCUUAAGCACGAGUUACGCCAAUUCUGCUUUCUGUAAAAAAUCCCUGGAAAAAAAGUUUCGUGAAAACUUUGUUGACAAUCGGUUGCCAUGGGUACGAGAUGACUUACUUGAUCUGAAAUAAAAAUAUUUUUAAGCAAAAAAAGCGGUUUUAUAAAUAAGUUAUUCAUGCGAAGAAAAGACAAACUUAAGAACGUCCAAUUGCAACAUAUUUUAGACUAAAAGACGAAACGCACUUCUUUCGAACACUUCACUAUUCUACCCCUCUCUAGAUUUUUCUCCGUGCUAAGGUUUCUUUGCGCCGUCUGCCCUAACACGCUUUCAAUAGGCAUUUAUGGCGAAAGUAUAGUCAACUAUUCCAGCCUCUAAUUUCAGUUCAGGUUCGUCAAAACGAUUUAAACUAUUUUGAGCAGGGGGCUUAAGUCUGUAACAGACUGGUAUUCAGUCAGAGUGAGACUAAGUGGAUGCUAUCUAGAACUAGACAAAAACUGAAACACUGACUGAAACUUUCGUCAGACAUUGCAAAUGCAACUUCUUGGGAAUACAUUGAGGGAGUGCCGAGCUUUUGCUGUCUAGGAGAUCGUUAGAUCAGUAUACGCUAUAAGUAGACUAACAACUGGCGUUUACACUCAUUACUUUUCAGUUUGUUGACGCGCUGUCAACAAGGCCAGUAGCGGAAAAGAGAGUGUUGUCACUUGACAAGCCUGUCACUGAUGUGGACUGUGAAUUUCUACGAACCAUUUUUGUUCCUGCCAAUAAGAAUAGUUCAACGCUGACUUUCCCGCAUUUAUUCAACGACGAAAAACUUCAGGGAUAUGCAAUUGUUUUGAAGAUUCUCUCUGGUAAGACAUAAAACGUGACACAUAUGGACAGGAGAAACGGGCCACAGGAAAGACUCUCCUGAACUUAUGUCAUUAAAAAAGUAGAAGACAUUUUUUUCAAACUGCAUCUGAAGAUCGCUUAUCGUUUCCACUGUUGUGAUCAAGGAUAAGUGAAGAAGGAAGCUUUAAGGGAAAAAACAUCGUUAUUAUUUGUUUCACCAAUUAACAUAACUGAUCCUGAUUAUAAAUACGAUGGGAGAUCAGCUUAUCGCAAUUCAGACAAAAUGCUAUGAAAGGCCAUCUUCUAAAGAAUUAAGAAACAAUAUUACGAUCACAUCCAGUUAGUCGCAAUCUGAAGUAAUGGUACAAUGGUCGACGAAAGAGUUUUAUAAGUGAAUUUAUUUUGAUGGUAACUGAGGUAGGAUUUUUAUCUAAGAUUUUAAGGUCCAGAAAUAAUAAAUUAUAAUUAUUUCUUUGAAAUAAACUGAUUUCGGAUCACAGAUCAAGCUCAAGAGAUGGUUAGAAUCUUCGCUGGGUGAGGGGGAUUUGAGUUUUGUUUAAUACUGGACUGUAGCAAUAAUUUGAAGUUACUGAAUUGCAGAUUAAGUUUUCUUUCUCGAUGCACUCAACAGAUUUGUCGGAGGAAACCUGGGAUGAAAUUGAGACAGCCUGGGCCGAGCAGGAAGAGCCUUUGGAGUGAAACAAAAGAAGUAGCUGAUUGUUUUCAGGAGCAAAUUGAGUUUGCAUCACACGAGUCAAUGUUGUAGUUGCGAGGUGUGACAAAUAUUUGAAAUAGUCCUUUAAUUGGAAGUAAUAUGAUACCCCGGUCAUAAUCACGUGGUUUCCAAUCAUUACCCCAGUAAGGGGAUUGUUUCAGUUAUAUCGUAAAUUUUGGUAAAACAUUUAAUACAAGCGAAAGCUAUCACAGAUGAAAACGCUCUUAACUUGGAGCAUCAGUGGUGAGGUUUUUAAUUUCAAAGUAUCAGUACUCCUACAGAGACUCAAAAUUUCCACAAGUUAGUACUUGUAAUCAAAUGGUGACGAGUGAAAUUAGGGAAUUAUUUCACUCGUGUUUUGUCCAAAUCCUAAUAAUUUCCCGAGCCUUUUGAUUACCAAUUGAUAUUAUGGAUGACGAAUUGCACUCAAAGUCGUUUUUUUUGGAUAAAUUUAUCACGUUGAUUAUAGAUUGAGAACUCC